UCUCAACUUUACAUUUUGUUUUUAAGGAUGCCACUUACACCAGCCGAAAAGAUGAAACGGUACCGCGAAAAGCUAAAAAAAGACCCCGAUAGAUACGAAGAAUAUAAAAAGAGAGAUAAAAAGUAUUGGAAAAAGUUGAGGAUACAUCGUAUCACAAACAUCAAUCAGAGUAGAAUUCUUAACAUGGAGCGGAAUCUUAAGGAACAAAUUGUGAAAUCAGCGUCUGCAGUGAAAAGAAAGGUAGAAAUGAUAAAAAUUAUUCAUUCUAAAGUCUAUUGCGACCCUACAGCUAAAACAAAUACUUAAUACCAAAGUAAACUAAAACCAACUCGUAUAACUGUAAUUACAUAUUUUUUUUGAUAUAUUACUGACUAACUUCUCGGUUUGGUCCAUUAUUUCAUCACCGUUUUCAUUCACAACAUAUUGUGCGGAUAACAAAAAAUUAUCAUCGUCUAUACUGUCACAAUGUUGCUGGGAUCCAUCUAAAUCAAACACUGAGAUCUUUAUCAGACGGAAACCUUUUUUGGGAACGCUGUUUAUCACAAACGAAUGAACUGGGAUAUUAUGUAGUUUACUUAGUGCACUUUUAGAAACACAUUUUUUUCUUAAUUUUGCUGGACGACGUUCCCGAAUCUCAGCGUUCGGCUUUUGCUGAGCUUUCAUUUUUAAAAACUCUUCAGUAAAUCCUUCCAAAGGAUCUUGAGCAUACUGGAAAGUAUCCCCAUAUUCAUGUCGGUAGACAUUGUCUUCGGAUGUAGCAGUCAAAUCUUCUACGCGUUCCAUUAUCUGUAAAAAAAGAAAAUAUUUAACACCAAAUCAGCAAUCUU